CAUUUCCGAAAAAACAUCGCAUCAUUGGAAGUCGGUGCGUAAAAAGUGCUGGUGCGGAAGUUUGUUGUGGUCAAAUCAAUGCUAAAAUCUAGGAGAAUUGCAGUUUAAAUUGAACCUGUGGCCUUCUGUUCCAUGGACUCGGACGUUAUCCAGAAGCAAGCGCUUGCCGUUGAUCCCCCGGAUGAGUACUUUGACCCGGAACUGCAGCCAGAAACGGGAGAGCAAUACCUGCAGAAGGUCAUCUACGAGCGGAAGCACUGUCCCGCAGUUGUUGUGGCCAAACCGAGCCCAAAACGGCGCCAUCAGGAACACCAGCAAGGAUCCAGAGGUCUGUCCGGGAGUGGGGCCAUUCCCAUGGAUCUAGUGAAAAACGUCGCACCUCGGGCUCUGAUGCCCACCAAGGAAUGGGAAUCGAUACAGAACCGGAAAUUCACCGAGCUCAGGGAUACGAUCACCGGUUAUCGGAACGGACCGCACUACCAGGAGAACCUGCAGAAAACACACAUCUACUUGAACUUCGAAAAUCGAAAGCAACUUCAUGAUUACUGUGCCAAAAACCAGCCAUUCGUGCGGAUUCUCCUGAGUAUGCCGCAGCGCAAUCUGGAAAUCCUGCUGGAGUACCUGUACGAGUGGCUGCAGGAGGAACGCAACGAGGAGGUCUCCGUGGAGGAUCGAAUCUACCGGAAGGACUGGAUCACCCAGUGGAUCUACGCCAUCCUGGCCUGCAUUAUCACCCCGCUGGAACCGUACGUGCACAGCGUCCUGCGGGACAUUGCCAAGAUGUGCAUCGCCAUGCGGAACGAUCUGGCCGCCGAGGACGAACUGAAGGUACUGCCGCUGAACUUGCUGAUCUGUAUUAUUUCGAAAAACUUCAAUCAGCUCGACCUGGGCGAUAACGUUGAGUGAUAACCACCACCGGUUGCGGACGCAAAAUUUUAUGUCCUGUUUAUUUUUUUUUAUACUGACACUUUUUUAUUGAAAUUUUUUUAAUUUAGGUUUAGUAAAAGUAACGUGAAACUCGAAACGGA